AUGGGAUGUGGAAACAGCAGUAUGAGCGGCGACAUGUACAGUGCCGGCUACCACUCCAUUACCAACAUAGAUUACUCAUCGGUGUGCAUCAGUACAAUGACUGCCAGGUACAGCAACUGCCCGGGUAUGACCUGGCAUCAGAUGGACGUGCGCCAACUCCGCUUCCCUGGUACGUCCUUUGAUGUCAUCCUCGAGAAGGCCACGUUGGAUGCCAUCAUGGUGGAAGAGAAGUCACCUUGGGAGGUGUCCCCUCAGACCGCCUGUUUCAUCCACCAAGCACUCACAGAGAUCAGCCGCUGCUUGAAGCCCGGAGGACGGUUUGUCUCAGUUACCUUCGCCCAGCCCUUCUUCAGGAAACGCCUCUAUGCUCGCACCGAGUACAACUGGUCGAUCAAACAGUACAGUUAUGGAGAAGGCUUUGAAUAUUUUGUGUAUGUGAUGACCAAAGGAGAGCAGCUUAGUCCAGACGAUGCAGCUCUGGAGAAAAAAAUACUGGAGGACACCAAAUCCCCACCUACCAGUAUCGCCACAACGCAAAAUGAGGAUAAGGAAGACUUCCUGUCUAAUAUUGACUUGUAAAACGACUGGAUUAUCUAAAGGAAUCUUAGGAAAACAUUAUCCCUAAGACCUCAAAAACUCAAACUUCUCCACCCCAACAAAUACGACAGAAACUUCCUCUGUUAGCCCAAAAUUCUACCUUACUGUUAUUGUAUGAUUUUUGUAAGAUUGAACUACAGGAUUUUUAAUUGUGGUCUGGACGUAGAAAUUGAUAUGGACAUCUGUGUGGAUUUGUUUUAUACUGGAAUUAGACUACACAUCACCAGGGACACUUAAUACAAAUAAAUCAUUAUAUAUAAUUUUCUAGCAAGAUAGCAAUACAUAAAAAUAUAUUUUCUGUAAAUUCAGUUGAGAAAUUUUUAAGAGAACUAGAUGGGAAUGUCUACUGUCUAAUUUUAACUAAACAAAUUAUUUACAUACAUUUAAAAAAAAAUGAAGCUGUUUCCACACAUGGAUGCCCAAGUUGAAUGGAUGGAUGUUUAAGACAAAGUAAAAAUGAUCAAAAUAAAAUGUGUGGGAUUUAUUUAUAUUUACUAUACAUAUUUACAUAUUCAUAUUACAUAGACAAAAAAGGUUCUCUCACCGGGGGGGGUGUUUGUGCCAAACAGAAACAAAAUGAAUAAAACAAUGUCCUCCUGAAUGACCUUUCUAACUUAUCAAUAAAGAAAACUGGCUUGGUGCACCAGCCAGUAAACCUACUGGAGUGUUUU